UCCAGGUUCGCUGUAAUCGGAUUUUCCCGAAUUGCGACAGGUGCAAUCUCACCGGGUCAAUAUAUACGUAUCCUGCGCGCCAACCACGAGGACCAAAUAGCGCUGGGAAUCGAGAUAUCCGCGACCUUAACCACUCAGGAGGUUUUGGCGGGGAUAUUGGAACGACUCCAAAAGAUUAAAGCGGGAUUUGCUGGAAGAAAACCAUAUCAGGAUUUUGAUCGUUUAACACCACAGGAUCACCCGGAUCCAGGGCCGUUAUUAAGAUCAAUAAUUUGUAAUUCCCCGCGGGAAAGAUUAAUCGGUUAUAAUAAAACCGAUUCGUCGAUAUCGAACAAUGUUUUUUUUCUAAUCUUUUCCUUUGGACAGCCAUGGCUUGCCCCAGAUCGCAAUUAUACUAAGCAUUACCGUGGUAAAGUGCCAGAGACUCAAAAAAAAUAUAUUCGUAACCAUAGGAUAUUUAUUACCGGCGAUGCUAUAAUUCCACUAAAGUCGACUAAAGCCUGGUUUAACAGUACAAAUAAGCUGUUUGUUAACAGGCCGCUGCUGCGUAUAAUGCCAGAGCUUACAACCAUGGAACACGGAUUGGUCACCCCCGACAUUAUUAAACGUGCAAAGUCGCGGCCCUCGGCGGAUAUAAUAUCCCGCAUUUACGUAGGUUGUUUUCGCGCCGUGGUUUUCUGGCAGCGGGAAACCACGGGCUGCUUGACAGACUUUGUGGCUGCCGUUUUAAUGGCACAAACAGCGGCCGAGAGCCUGGACAUGGAUUUCAGCCGGGAGAUGCACCACAAGGCGUGCUCCUAUGCCCAGUAUUUGAACCUUUAUAGCAUUGACCGCGCCGAGAGUGGCCCGCCUGGAGCAUCACCGAUUGUCGUAAGUGACGACCGUCGCUUAAAUAUGUGGAACUUUAUUCAAAUGGAUCUCAUUUACCGCCUCGUACAGCAGGAGAGGUCGGCCCUUUUAUUCGAUUUUACAAAAUGGUACGUCAACCUGCCUUCGGUCACGUUUGACCCCGAAAGCUCCCGCGAAAAAGCCGUAUAUACCAUAACCUUUUUGGCCAGAAGCAGGGUCGCACUGAUCCUUAUUAAUAUCUUCCAAAUCAUCAAAGAUGUUGGUGGACGAGGCGAUGGAGUCUCGAAUUCAAUAGUGAAUCUUUGCGAGCAAGUAGAAGACGUGGUCAAAGAAUGGAAGAUUCUAGAAUGGCUGGACAACUGUAAACAGGCCGACCUGGAAGCUUAUGCGAUUUCCGAAGCCGCUGUGAUAUGCUACACCUCCAUUCUAUUUAUGCUGAUGCGACCAGCCGACUCGUACAAGGGGAGCCCCGAGGCCCAAACACCAGAACCAGGCGGCCUAAUAACCCUACAUCCCGACCUGUCCCUCGCGGCAGCUCGGAAAGUGUUUGGAAUUAUAUACCAUAUAUUGCACGUAUUGCGGCUGCCUGGGCCCGAAAUACUGUUAUCGUCGUUCUGCUUUUACCGAGCCGAUGUCGCCUAUAGUUAUAUCGCCAUUUGUCUGAUGGAAAAACACCCGGAAACCAGGAACGAUAAUAGAAAGACCCUGAAAAGUUUUGCGGAUUACCUAAGGGACGCUUUACGGUAG